GUUCCUGUGAAAUUUCAUGAUAUAGUCCGAAUAACAAGUUAGUUCAACACACACUGAGGAUUCAAUCAUGGGUAAAGAAAGUAAACUAGAUGCCGAGAAGGCUCUAAACGGCUCCAACUACGACGACGAAACGCGAAAAAAGAAAAAAAGCAAGAAACACAAAAAGCACAAGCGGAGCGAAGAGGAUGAAGACAAAGCUUACAAAAAGAAGAAAAAAUCUAAAAAGGAAAAACAUAAAAGCCCCAAACCGGAGAGUGAGACAUCUCUCUCUGAUGUGGAAGAACUUAUAAAGAAGAGCAGAGACCGAAAACCGCCGCCAAAAGAACCUUCAAUAGUUAAAGAGAAGAACGGUGACACUAAAGAAAAAGAUGAAGCGUUAGAGAUCAUAUCGUCAAAUUCAGAGACAGAAAAUUACCAAGAAGACUGCGCCAGCCCUGAACUAAAUAUGAUAGAAGAUGAUCUAAAUCUGGAAGAACUUAUGAAACAAAAAGAACUGCUACAAGCGUUUCUUGUCGCUUACUAUUCGGAUAAAAGUGAUGAAAGCGAUAGUGAGAAAAAAAAAGAUGAUGUCAUAUGUAUUAACGAUGAUAAAUCACCGGUUGGCAAAAAAUCUAAAACAGAUGACAAAAGAAAGAAAACAAGCAAAGACAGAUCCGCUGAAACGGAAAAGGAACGACAUAGAACAAGAAGGCACGAAGAAGAUUUACGAGAGAUCAUUAACAGAGAGAAUAGGAAAGAGAUGGAGAAACGAUUAGAAUAUAGGGAAAGGAAAGAGCGCGAGCGACGGAAGAUUCACGAAGCUGAGAGGGAGCGGGUGCGGGAGCGGGAGCGGGAACGCGAGAGAGAAAAGAAGAGAGAGCGCGAACGUGAGCGGGAAAGAGAAAGACGUGAUAAAGUGGUAAAGAGGGAUAGAGAGAGUGAAGUCAGGCGUCGAAGGUCUAGAGAGAGGUCGCCGCUGAGACGUACGAGACGGCCGUCGGACAGAGAUAGAAGGUCGAGAGAGAGACAGAGAGAUCGGUCGAGAGAUAGGAGAGGAGGGAGCAGGGAUAGACGCAAGAACUCCGGCAGCGAAGUGGCGCACCUAGUAGCCAGUUCGUCCGACGAGCUGGACAUCUCCAUCAACACUGAUGAUGAGGAGGAAACCGAGGAGCAGAUCAUCGAGCGACGCCGCAAGCAGAGGGAGCAGCUGCUCAAGAGGCUAGGCGGCGCCAAAGACGAAAAAGAAGAAAAACAACCCGAACCCCACAUAACGCCGCCCACAAAACCCGACCCAAAACCCGAGCCCAAACCCGACACGCCGGAGCCCAAACCCGAACAGAAAGAGAAGGAAGACAAACCUAAAGAAGAUAAGAAGGAGGAAGACAGAAUUCAUAAGACGGAGAAGAGAACGGGCUCGGAGUGGGACAUGUUUGCGGAUCAGGAUAACUUCGAUGUCGAUAGCCCUACAGUUGGCAGACCUCGUGGCAAGAAUACUCUAGAGAAUCCAUCCCUCACUGACAAUUGGGAUGACGCCGAAGGAUACUACAGAGUCCGUAUCGGCGAAUCCCUGGACAACCGUUACGCGGUAUACGGAUACACGGGGCAGGGCGUGUUCAGUAACGUGAUCAGAGCGCGCGACCAGGCGCGUGGAGGCGCGGACGUCGCCGUCAAGAUCAUACGGAACAACGAGAUCAUGCACAAGACCGGUCUCCGCGAGUUGGAGAUCCUGAAACGUCUGAACGACGCGGACGCGGACGACAAGUUCCACUGUCUCCGUCUGUUCCGCCACUUCUUCCACAAGCGCCAUCUGUGCAUGGUCAUGGAACCUUUAUCUAUGAAUCUACGAGAGGUGCUAAAGAAAUAUGGCAAAAAUAGCGGAAUCCACAUCAAAGCAGUGCGGAGUUAUACUCAGCAGAUACUGCUGGCCCUAAAACUGCUCAAGAAGACUGGAAUAUUACACGCUGAUAUAAAACCCGACAAUAUCCUAGUGAACGAAAGCAAGCUCCUCCUCAAACUGUGCGAUUUCGGCUCUGCUGCCAUGGUCACAGAGAACGACUUCACCCCAUACCUCGUCUCCAGAUUCUACAGAGCCCCGGAGAUCAUCCUCGGAGUACCCUAUGACUUCGGUAUCGACAUGUGGUCCACGGCCUGCACUAUAUACGAACUGUCCACCGGACGGAUCAUGUUCAGUGGGAAAUCUAAUAAUGAAAUGUUGAAAUAUUUCAUGGAUUUGAAGGGAAAGAUACCCAAUAAGAUUAUUAAGAAGGGAUUGUUUAAGGACCAGCAUUUUGAUGCGCAGUGCAAUUUCCUGUAUCACGAGUUGGACCGGGUUACUGAGAGGGAAAAAGUAGUAGUAAUGACCAGCAUAAAACCGUCACGCGACCUCCAAUCAGAGCUCGCGCCCUCCCACCACCGCCUCCCAGCCAACGAGGCGAAGAAGAUCACGCAGCUCAAGGAUCUACUGGAGCGCAUGCUCAUGCUUGACCCGGCCAAGCGUGCGUCCGUCAACCACUGUCUCGCGCACGCCUUUAUACAGGAGAAAAUAUAGCAUAUACCCUUUCAUGUACUAAGCAGGUCAUUUCAAUAUUUAGGGCGAAUAUCAACGUCACGCAGCAGAUAUCUAUAAAGUUUUCCAUACAAUAAAAUGUGCCAUUUUCAACCAAAAGGUACCACAUUGUCGCUUGUGAAUAAGGUUGAUUUCAAAUUGAAGCUAUUUGGAAAUAGCGCCUUAUUGACAACCGGCAAGUACCCUUUUGAUUGAGAAUGGCACAAAUAUAACGAACCCUUUAGCGGUGACAGACUUUUUGGUCCAACCGACCCUUAGUCGGGUGGUGAGCGUAUUUUUGUAGUAAAAAACGAUUAUAAAAAAUAAAUUUGUCAUAUUUUACAAUGAUUACACUAAAUUGGUGGUAUUAUAAGUGAAGGGUACACGGAAAGAACAUGUCUUGUCACUGUGACAACAUUUUGAGUUAUCGCUGUUUGAAAGGAACGAUGUAGGUAAUUAACCAUAUUAUUUUCGUUUAGUAGUGAUUUUAAAGUGAGAAAAAAAGGAGUUAUAUUUAUAAUUGCAGCGGUAACAGAAG